GAGUACAAAUAGUUGGCAAUAUCCGUCGAUAGAUUUGGCCUGAGCUGUUGACUCGCUCAUCGCCCUUGUUCUAAUAUUCGCUCCGUUUGCCUCGAGUUCUUGGUGUUGUUCCAUUCAGUCGCUCCAGAUUUACCAUUGUCGCCGGCCGACUUUAUUAUCACCUCCUCUUUUCCAUUCGCCCAACACUCGCUGCUCCCUAGCUCUUCAAUAUCAGUUCCAUUUUCACAAUGAAGCUUAUCUCUGCUGUUAUGGUCGCUCUCGUCUCUGUGGCUAUGGCUUAUCCCACAACCCCGAACAAUAAUGCUCAGGUUGUGAGUCGUCAAAACCUUCAGCAUGACGUUGACGCCAGUGUACCUGCCAUGUCAGAUGCGAGCGGCAACGUCGUACCAUUCAGCAGCACUUCGGUAUUCCAACCUGCUGCCGCCGACGGGCAAUGAGACCAAAGGAAUGAGACAGGAACGAAACGGGCGCAGCCCGGUGUUCACGGAGCAAGGCUAUUGGGCGGGGAGGCAACGUCGAGGAGCGCUAUGGCGUGCCCAGGAUCGUAAGAGAUAGGCUGUAAUAAGGAUAUUCGACUACCGCAGGAUGGAAUAGAGGAUGUUCUAGGAAAUUGCCCUCGUUCGGCGUUUCGCUGUGAGAACUGGCGUCCCUUGCGGGCUCCGAGAUUUGGCAGACACCAUCAUCUGCCUAUCAGAGAGACGCUGGUCGAUGCAAUUAUCGAGAACGCCGGUGAUGAUG